AUUCUACUUCGUGCUAUCCUCUAAUCCGUAUUUUUUGUUUUUCCAAAUACUAUCUAUCAGUACAGCUCCCAAACCAAAAGCGCAACAACCUUCGAAGCUUCAGACUGAACUGAACUGAACUCUCAGCCUCUGCUUCUGUCUUUGCAACUUCCCUACUUUUCUUCGAUUCAAGUGUCCAGAUUACAAAGAGGUCAAUGUUGUAUGCGGUCUCGGCCCCAAAUUCUUGCAUAUCCUAUCCAAGAAGCGCCAGUUGCCCUCAUUUUCUCAGAAAGCGUUCCGUUCCAGCGAGGCUUUCUAUACGUGCUUCAUUGCCGGAUAAUAGCAAUGGUGCAAAAAUGGAGUAUACUCCUUGGUUGAUCGUUGGAUUGGGAAACCCUGGUAAUAAGUACCAUGGUACAAGGCACAAUGUAAUGCAAUACUUCCAGAAGGUUGGUUUUGAAAUGAUCGAUAGCAUUUCACGAGCAGAGGGCAUAUCAAUGAACACAAUACAGUCAAAGACCUUAAUUGGAAUAGGUUCCAUUGGCGAGGUGCCGAUUUUAUUGGCAAAGCCUCAAGCUUACGUGAAUUACAGUGGAGAAGCAGUUGGGCCACUUGCCGCAUAUUAUCAAGUACCAUUGCGUCAUAUUUUAUUGGUUUAUGAUGAGAUGAGCUUACCAAGUGGUGUUUUGAGGCUUCAGCCAAAAGGAGGACAUGGCCAUCAUAAUGGAAUGAGGAGCGUAAUGGAGCAUUUGGAUGGUUGUCGACAAUUUCCUCGGUUGUGCAUAGGCAUCGGAAAUCCCCCUGGAACCAUGGACUUAAAAGCUUUUCUUCUCCAGAAGUUUAGUUCAGUAGAGCGCAAACAGGACAAAUGGCACCUUCCAGCCCCCUCCUAUAAGAGAAUGGCAUGAUUGAUGCAGCCCUUGAACAAGGGGUUGAGGCUGUCAGGAGCCUGGUACUCCGUGGAUUUAGUGAAAACAUCAAUAGAUUUAAUUUGGGGCAGAAAUACAAGUAUCAUAAAGUCUGAUUCUAACGGAUGGAAGGAUUGAAGAAAGAUACAAAUAGUCAAUCCGACGCUAUUACAAGUCGCCUAUCGACGUUAUCCUUGCGUGUUUUGCUCGGUUGGUUGCUUCUCAUCUUUGAGCCAGGAGGUGAAACUUCCUGCAGUAUUCUUCCUUAUACCAGCAACCGAAGAGGUGUAAUAAUCUUUCACAAUUUUUUUAUAGCACGUUAAACUUAAUUUCCCCAAUUGAUGGAAGUUUAUGUCA